CUCGGAUUAGAGAGGAGACUUGAACCAUAAUCAUGUCACCUGCAAGCUUAGCAUAUUUAUUGCCCACUACGAUUGGCUAAUAACCAAUUUUUCCGCACUUUUGGUACUUUUUGUCCCUGACAAAUUAUUAGCCCGUCGAUAGAUUACUGAAUUAACGAGGCCGUUGCAUCGUUCGCUUCCGGGAUAGGCUCCGAACCUCCGCGACCCUGCAGAGGACAAACGCUUACUGACAAAGGAGGAUGAAUGAAUGAAUGAAUGAAUGAAUGAUCACGCUGGUGAAGAGCAGCAGCAGAGGAACCAGAGGCCCUCCGCAGCUUCGCUCAGCGGAAACCCCGCGCGCGCAGGUGUGUGAGCCCAAUUAGGAGCGGCGCGCGCGGGUGCUCGCGUCCUUCGGCUGUUUGAACGCAGUCCGAGUACAGCGCCCUUGACUAGUCCUGCCGUAAGAUUUUCAACAAGUGCGGUUUUACUACAUGCUACUUACUUAGGGUGCGGUUUCGGCAGACUUGAAAGCGCCGCUAUGAAAGGCUGUGCGCGGCCGCGGUGACGCGAGACCGCUGCGCGAGUCAAUGGCCCUUUGUUACACAGCGGGGUAGAAUAGAUCGAGCCUCGGGCGCCCUUUGCUUCCUCAUCCUCCGGUUUCGGCCGCCUCGCCCUCGGUGUCCGUCCAGCGCGCGGGCGAUAGGGCCCCAGAGCGAGGCGGGGCGGCUCGGCUCGGCUCGGCUCGGUUCGGUUCGGUUCUGCCGCUGCGUCUCGCGUUGCUGAAGCAGCAGAAGCGCGUCUUUGUGCGCACUUUUUUGAGAAGUGAGACGCGCUGCCGCGUUUGUCUGCGGGAAUCUGUGAAGUGGGGAGCUGUACAGUAACACCUGCCAGCGGCCCUCCGGUAAUCCCUGUUUGAAAAGGGUCUGAGCUGCAGGAGAGUGGGGGGGGAACUCGCCGAAGCCAGAACCUGUCACAUCACUCGAGCGCGCCAGCGGGAACGGGGCACCUGAAGAGAGGGCACGGCAACACAGGUGCUGGCGGCCGGAGCACAGCUCGGAAACUUCUCUCGCUUCGGCCAAAGGGGAUCGGAGCGGCGCGGUGGGGCACGGUGCGCGCAAGAGCUAGGCGCAAGCAGACGACAGCGGCCCGUUUGGAAGAAAUUUCGCCCGCAACGGUUUCAAGGAGCGGCGGAUCAGAUCUAAACUGAAGAAGCACGAUGAGCACCGGUGAUUCCGAGACGAAGGACUAUUACGAUUAUUCCGAGUGGUACGAAAAUAACGUCGAGCCAACCAAGCCUGCGGAGGAAGUUAUCCUUCCGUGUGACCCCACCGCCGAUGACAGACUGUACCACAUAUGCAUCGCGGCAAUAUCCCUUAUUGUCAUGGUGGUCUUGGCAGCCAUGACCAGGCGGAAAAGACUGUGCCAAGGGUUCAUGAACGGUGUUCCAGGUUUACUCAGCCCUGUAAAUUUCUUGGACCACACUCAGCACAAAGGUCUGGCGGUGGCUGUAUUCGGAGUCCUCUUCUGCAAGCUGUGUGUGGUGGUGCUGUCCCAGAACCCUUUGCCCUUCACCAGUGAUCUAGAGUAUAGAGAGUACUGGAAGCUCCUGUCCCUCUUCUACUACCCUGCCCUGUAUUACCCCCUACUCGCCUGCGGCACAUUGCACAGCCAGGUAGGCUUUGUGCUCGGCAGCCUGCUGUCCUGGACCCACUUUGGCGUCCUCGUCUGGCAGAAGGUCGAUUGCCCCAAGACCCCAGAGAUUUAUAAGUACUAUUCCCUGUUUACAAGCCUGCCCCAGAUCGCCUGCCUGGCGUUCCUCAGCUUCCAGUAUCCCCUGCUUCUGUUCAAGGGCCUUAAGGGCACGGUGAAAACCAAUGCCUCGGAGGAUCUCGAUAGCAGUUACUACAAAGAUUACGUGAAAGAAGUCUUGAAGAAGAAGCCCUCAAAAAACAGCACCACCAGCACGACUAAACCUAAGCUUUCGGAGAGAAUAACUGAUGCCUUGAAGUCUUAUAUCUACAUGCCAGAGGAAGUUUUCCGGUUUCCCUUAAAGCUGGCAAUCUCUGCAGUGGUGUCAUUCAUCGCAGUUUAUCAGGUGGCGCUGUUACUAGUCACUGCAGUAGUACCCACUCUGCAGAAGGUUCGUGCAGGAGUCAAUGAAGACAUUGCCUUUCUUCUGGCGGGCUUCAACAUUGUUCUGUCCCAGGACCGGGCAGAAGUGGUCAGAAUUGUGGUCUACUACAUGUGGUGUGUUGAAGUCUGCUAUCUGUCUGCAAUGACACUAUCCUGUCUGGUUACCCUGGUGAUGCUCAUGAGAUCUAUGGUCUUGCACAGGUCAAACCUGAAAGGGCUCUACAGAGGAGAUAUUUAUAAUGUCUACAAUCGACAGAGGAGCAUCCGGCCAUCCCGACCUGCCCUAGUUUGCUGGAUGGGCUUUACUAGUUACCAGGCCGCCCUCGUCUGUCUCGGAAUGGUCAUCCAGACACUGGUGUUUUUCAUAUGCAUCAUGUUUGCUGUUUUCCUCAUCAUCAUCCCCAUUCUGUAUGGACAGAACCUUAUACUAUUCCGCAUCCUCAGAAACAUGUGGCCCUUCUGGCUAAUGCUCCUCCUGGUUGUGGUCAUUCAGCAUGCAUCAUCCAAAUUUGUCUUCAUCAAAAAGGAUGCAGGCACAAGAGACUUGGACAACAGGAGUGGUCUCUUCCUGAUGGCAUAUCUGCUCUUCCCGGUCAACGUCCUGGUGGGAGUGCUGGUGGGAGUGUGGAGGGUUGUCAUCACAGGCCUCUUCAACAUCAUCCACUUGGGCCGCCUGGACAUUAGCCUGUUGAACCGAGGAGUGGAGGCUUUUGACCCAGGAUACCGCUGCUACUCCCAUUACCUGAAGAUUGAGGUCAGCCAGUCUCACCCCGUGAUGAAGGCUUUCUGUGGAAUGCUGUUGCGGUCAGCAGGGCAGGAGGGAGGAGCAGGCCAGAAGAUGCGCGAUGUGGAGGAAGGAAUCCAGCUGGUGCAGCAGGAGAAGAAGCAGAACAAGGUGUCCAAUGCCAGAAGGGCACGGGCACGUUGGCUGCUCCUCUUCACCUUGGUCAACAACCCGUCUCUGGUGGGCUCCAGGAAGCACUUUCAGUGCCAGAGCUCGGAAAGCUUCUUGAACGGCACACUGAGCCGUACCGCCAAGGAUGGUGACGAGAUGGACACCAGCCAAAAGGAAGCCAGCAAAGGGGGGGCAGAAUCGACCGCCAGCAACUGACAUGGAGGGCUAUGCUCUUGCACGUCACAUUUAACAAUAUGCCACUCCCUUUCGUGAAGAGCUCAUUGGUUAUUGUUUAGGCUGGGUUAUUAUGAUGGUUGUGUGUGUGGGGGGGGACGGGGACGGCUGCAAGUGUCUGAGCAAUGGAACUCGUCUCAGUGCCCCAGGAAAGAAGGUCGCUGUUCAGUUCUUGCAGGCAAAAUUGUCUCCAUACUUAUCUUGAGAUGUGUUCUUCAUUUUCUUAUCUUACUGUUUUUUGUUUGUGGACACUGACUCAAAAUUACCAGUUGGGUAGAAAAUUACAAAUAAGUUUAAUUUCCCUCUAACCAGUACAUAAGGUUAGGAGAUUUGUCUAUUUAUAAAUGUACAGAAAGUUCUGUUGUUUAAUAGCUGUUAAGUUUGACACUGUGCAAUUAAUAUUAAAAAUCCUGAUAUUAAUGAUGAUGUUAUGCUCAAAAAACACAAUUCAUGCUCGGACAAACUUAGUGCGUCUAUGUAGAUUAUUUUUAAUGUCUGAUUUGGCACGUUCUUCAACACUCUGAUUCUCCAUGACCAGAUUUUUCAUGUUUUUAUUUGUUUUCAGUUCUGGAUUGAAUUAGUGGUGGUUUUUGUGGCCUGGCAGCUGAGGGCUCAAAGGGGCAAUGAGUGAAUGUAUUGUGAUUAAACCUGAUUAGAGAACUACUUAUGUUUUUUUUUUCCCCAUAUGAUGUUUCUUGUGAUUUUUUUUUUUUUUUUUUUUUUUUCCCCUCCUCUCUCCCAUGUUUUCAUACCGUGUGGUUUCAACAGGUGGUAUAUUGAUCAGCAUAAAAGACACUGCAUAGUUUUAAACGUAGGAUGCUACAAGGAAGAGGGACAGCGCCAUUCCACCCGUCAGCGUGGCGGACUGCUCCGUGUGCCAACUGGCCAUCAAGUGUCCUCACAUUUUCACUAGGAUGGAUGCAGAUGUGAUGCUUAUUUCAGAAAUUAAACAUAAUAAAUGGUAACCUCUUAGCUAUUUUGUAACUACCUAGAUUUACAUCUUAGCAGUCAGUCGCUUUCUUUUUCAGUGGUGUUUAGAACAAUACACUUAAGUCUUAAUAUAACUGGUCUUGGGGAGGGGAAAAAAACUUAACAUGCAUGAAACGUUUAACAGUCAGUUUUUAGGUUUUUAAAUUAGUGCCGAUUGCAGGUUCUCCAGGCAUUGAGCCCAAUUUGUUUCUGGCAAAAUGAUGGAAUGGUGAGAAAAGAAGGCAAAGCGCGAGACUCCGGCAAGAAGAACAAAGGACCACAGGGGUAUAUUGACUUGGGAGGGUCACAACCCCUGGUUCUACCGAAGGCGGUGCUGUACAGUGUACUGGUAGUGUGUUACGUGCUCCAGUUCAUAACAUGAUGAUGGGCUAUAAUUCAGUUAUGAAUAUCAGUGUGGCCACGAGCCGGACAACGCCCAGCAAUAACGCGCUACGUGCAGUCAAAUACCAGCUGUUUUCCCACUUUUGGAAA